AUGGAGACGGUAUGAGAGCGAGGCCACUGGUGGAGCUCGAAGCUCUUUCCUACAGUAGGGAGGUACUCCGAUCUGUUCUCAACCUUCGCCGUAGACGGAUGAGUAGAUCGAAAAGGGCCGUCAGAAUCUCCGAAUACACUCGAUAACAACAUAAACCGCGUAUACAGUUACCCUAGGAUUUCCAUCCAUUCGACACAGCUCCAUGGUGACCCGAUACUGAUUUUUAAAGAGGAGGGCAUUCACUGGUUCAGCCGGAGAGGACUCUUGCUGCAAAAGUAGGGCUGAAAGAUGUGCAAUGGAAUGGUAGCGUGUGAGACAAGAGCCUCGCUCGCUCACAGUGUGGCCACCACAUCCCUGCUGCUCCUCCUCCUCGGCAUACUCCCCACAGGCCAAGCUUCAGGUUGUCCCAGACCCUCAGUUGUGCCUCAUGGCCGUGGGAACCUGACGGAAACAAACCGCGGCUCCUUCCCCGUCAGCACGCAGCUACAGUACAGCUGUGAUCCAGGAUACAUGCUGGAUGGCGACAGCAUCAUAACAUGUACCGUCUCAGGACACUGGUCCUCUGACCCACCUCGCUGCAUCAAAAAUGAUGUUUGUCAACCACCGAGUGAGCCAGAGAACGGAGGAUAUAACUGCCACCCCCCACCGUGCCACAGACUGACCCAGGGUACUGUGAUUGAGUACUUCUGUGAUGAGGGUUACAUUCUGAAAGGAGGGUACCAGUUCCGAACCUGUGACAACGGAGAGUGGAAGUCGCCCAUGCAGAUCAGUUGUCACCCUGUGCAAGGGGAGGAGCAGCAAUCCCAGCUGCCCAUGCCAGCUCUGCCUAUCGUGGCCUCCACUGCCAGCUCUGUGGCCUUCAUCCUGCUGUUGGUGGUGCUGUUUGUUUUGCUUCAGCCCAAACUCAAGUCCUUCCACCACAGCCGCAGCCGGGAGCAGGUUGUGUCAGAACAGCCUACCUUCAUUAUUGAUGGCGUUCAGGUGUCACUGCCCUCCUACGAAGAGGCAGUGUAUGGCGCAGGCGGCAGUUCUGUGCCCCCUCCUGAGUCCCGGGUUCAGAUCGUGCUGUCGGAGGGCCCUCAGGCUGAACCUCUGGAACAGGCUCAUGCGAGUUACAGUUUUCCCUCCACCUCGACUGCUGUGUCUUCGUGUCACGCAGAGACUGUAUUGGUCCACCAGGUGCCCUCUGCCUCCUCUCCGUCCUCCUCAUCCUCUCCCUCCUGGGCUGCUGAGCAGCCUGGUGCCGCUGCACCUCUCCACCGCAGGCAGAGCAGCGAGAGCAGCGAUCAGCACAGCUUGCUUUCAGUCACCUCUGCCGAAGAUUAUGGUGAUGAUAUUCCAUUGCUAAAGGAGGCCUGAGUUUGUCUGCAUUCACCCCUCUCUCUGUCAUCGCUGGCCAAGACUGUAACCCCUAAAGAUUCUCCCCGAACGCUUACCCAAGCCACCCGACAGAACGCAGCAGUAAAAAAGUCUUUCAGCUGUCCCUCUGCCAACAAAUCACCCACUCCUGGGGUCUACAAGCUGCAAGGCCCCCUAGGAGUCCAGCAGCUCACAUCACAGGAAGAACCUUUGACUGAAUGUCCCCUCAAAGGGAUGUGCAAAUGAUCGAGUUUAACACGUCGCACCUUUUGUUGCAGGUGCGUUAAUAAUCAGAUGCAUUAACUGGCUUACCUCGUCACGGCAAGGAUUCACUAUUUACAAAGGAAUGCAUUCAGAUCACGUUGUGGACCUCUGCUCCGUCAAUGACUGUGACCUCUUGUGAAGGGGAGAGUUCAGCAAGGAUUUGCUAAGCCAGGCCCUUUUCCCUUUGAUGCUGCAUGUUCUGUGUAAUUUCUUUUUUCGGUUUCAUUCUAUGCGCAUACACACAGGAGCGCGGCACAGUCGAAGCAUGACGCAUAACACCAUCUCCACACUCGUCAGGGUUGAACCAAUUUACAUUGUACUGAAUUCAAAUACAUGCUUGCCUUUUUAUUUGUCAAGAAGUACCUGUGCUGUGCAGUGCUCUGCGUGUGUGUGUGUAUGUGUGUGUGUGUGAUGCCUGUGUGACAUGUGGCUGAUUCAAAGAGGGCUGAGGUAUCAUCUAGGCUUCUUUUUCCCAAAAUAGAGAACAUUUUCAAUACCUCCAUUUUCUAACUGAGAUGUUAUUUAAGUUGAAUGGAUGUUCCUUGUCUACAUGUCUGUUUGUCCAAAGUGAGGGAGAUAUACUUUGUGUUAGCGUCUGUGAGAUUACUGUUCUCAUUCAGAGAAAUGAUUCCACUUUAUUUCUUCCUUAAAAUGCGAGUGUAUCUCUCUCAUGUUUGUGUUACACGCACAAGUAAACAAGUUUUCUCACCUGUAUGUACUUUUUCCAAAAGGACUUUUUUUUUUGAGUGUGGACUAAUUUCAUUACUGGGCUAUCUAUACCUUAUCAACUUUGACUCGGACUACCGGUAAUAAUAUUUGGAGUUGAGCAAGUUUAAUUCACUUUUAGUUAAUGAAACUCAACAGCAUAAAUUGCAUUUGAAUGUUUUGCAAAGCCAUGGCUAACAUUUUGAAGAUGACUAUCGAUGAUAGGAGAUCCUUUUAUUUUGUUUUUCUUAAUAAAUCAUUUCAGCCAUGUGCCAUUAAAAUGGUAUUUGUAAGGAGAAUGAAUCAAAAAACCUGUAAGAUCUCAACUAGGUUGUGCGUUGUAUUAAUAGCUCCAGAAAAUGGCCUUGCUCUUCACUCAUCAUGUUCUUUUGACAAAUGGGCAUUUAAGAAACCAAUGAAUCUUUUGUUUGAGUUUGCAUUUCACAUCCUUGCCCAUUGCCACCUUGUGUAUAUCCAACGUGGUUGACUCUUAAUUCUGUUAGUCAACAUGCAUCAAAUAGGCCUAUGUAUAUUUUUGCGUCUGAUUUUGGAAAGAGAGGUCAGCACAUCCUCAGUUUUGUGUUCCUGACUUUUUUAUUUCUUCAUGCAAACUGAAGGCGAAAUAUUACUGCUGCCUUAAUUUGUACAUUUCAUACAUUUCUCACUUUGUAAUCAUGUGUUUCUUCCAUCUCACUGGCUUUGUCUUCAGUUUCCUUAUGGCCUUACUUUUUCUUUUCAAUGCAUUGUCUUGUAGAUUUUCAGACAUUGGCUUUUACUCUGGAGGAUGUGACAUAAGAUUAUACAUCCGUACGUCCUCAGAAGUGUUUUUUUUUUCCUUUCAGUGAACAUGAAACAUGAACUUUUGAGAAUGUUUUUGUUUGUUUAAUUCAAAGGAUGUUUUAAA